GAGCUGGAUGACGUUGUCUCCAAUAUGGAACAUAUUGUGAAGACAAAGACAAAUCUAGAGAAGACAUGCAGGACUAUGGAAGAUCAGAUGAAUGAAUACAAGACCAAGUUUGAAGAGGCGCAACGCUGCAUCAAUGACUUCAAUAUGCAAAGAGCUAAACUUCAAACUGAAAAUGGUGAGCUCUCAAGGCAGCUGGAGGAGAAGGAUUCUCUGGUAUCUCAACUGACAAGAGGGAAAAUGUCCUACACCCAACAGGUUGAAGACCUCAAGCGACAACUGGAAGAAGAGACAAAGGCAAAGAAUGCUUUAGCCCAUGCAGUGCAGUCUUCUCGUCAUGACUGUGACCUGCUCAGGGAGCAGUAUGAGGAGGAGCAGGAGGCCAAGGCUGAAUUGCAGCGUGGCAUGUCCAAGGCCAACUCAGAGGUGGCUCAGUGGAGAACUAAGUACGAAACUGAUGCCAUCCAGAGAACUGAGGAACUGGAGGAGGCCAAGAAGAAGCUGGCUCAGCGUCUGCAGGAGGCUGAGGAGGCUGUUGAAGCAGUGAACGCUAAAUGUUCCUCUCUGGAAAAGACCAAACACAGGCUGCAGAAUGAGAUUGAAGAUCUCAUGGUGGAUGUGGAGAGGUCUAAUGCUGCUGCUGCUGCUCUGGACAAGAAGCAAAGAAACUUUGACAAGGUCCUGUCUGAGUGGAAGCAGAAAUACGAAGAGUCCCAGUGUGAGUUGGAAAGCUCUCAGAAAGAGGCCAGGGCUCUGAGCACUGAGCUCUUCAAACUGAAGAACUCUUAUGAGGAGUCUCUGGAUCAUCUAGAGACCAUAAAGAGAGAGAAUAAGAACCUACAGGAGGAGAUUUCUGACCUCACUGAGCAACUUGGUGAGAGUGGAAAGAACAUGCAUGAACUGGAAAAAUUACGGAAACAACUGGAACAGGAGAAAAUGGAGAUCCAGUCUGCUCUUGAGGAAGCUGAGGCCUCCCUAGAGCAUGAAGAGGGCAAGAUUCUCAGAGCCCAGCUUGAGUUCAAUCAAAUCAAAGCUGAUAUUGAACGCAAACUGACAGAGAAAGAUGAGGAGAUGGAGCAGUGCAAGAGGAACCUGCAGAGGACGAUUGACACCCUGCAGAGCUCUCUUGAAGCUGAGUGUCGCAGCAGGAACGAGGCCCUCCGUUUGAAGAAGAAGAUGGAGGGAGACCUCAAUGAGAUGGAGAUCCAGCUGAGCCAGGCCAACAGGCAGGCAGCUGAGGCUCAGAAACAACUUAAAUCUGUUCAUGCACAUCUGAAGGAUUGCCAAAUUCAGCUGGAUGAGUCUGCUCGGGCCAAUGAUGAUCUGAAGGAAAACAUUGCCAUUGUGGAGAGGCGAAACAACCUGCUUCAGGCUGAACUGGAGGAGCUCAGGGCUGCUCUGGAGCAAACUGAGAGAAGUCGUAGACUCGCUGAGCAAGAGUUGCUGGAUGUUAGUGAAAGGGUGCAGCUACUGCACUCACAGAAUACCAGCCUGAUAAACCAGAAGAAGAAACUUGAGGUUGACGCUUCCCAGCUUCAGACUGAAGUGGAGGAAGCGGUGCAGGAGUGC